AUGGCCACGUUCAAACCACCACCAUUGCCUACGGGUAAAGAUAAGCACCACGUCGUCGUCCUAGAGGCAAAGCAUGUUCCUAUGCCACGUUUCGAUUUCCCACAUACCAUUGAUCUGCAUCCACUCACAAAACAGCAUGAGGUGGCCGAACGUAUCAAGGACGCUACCAUCGUGAUUGCAUGUGUCACGCCCGUCACCCCAGCUGACCUGGACGUUGCUAAGCAUGUGGGAUGUCUCGCAAUCAUGGCCGUGGGAAUGGCCUGGCUCAACAAAGAGGAAUUCGCCAAGCGCGGCGUGACGGUCACAAAUUGUGCUGGAGCGAAUGUGGAGGCCGUGUCGGAGCACUUUCUCGCCUUGUACUUUGCGUUGCGAAAGAAAGUCGUCGAGAUAGAUCGCACUGUCAAGGAAACGGAUGAAUGGAGGCAAGAAGGCACUGUCACGAACCACUGGGAAUCCAGGAAGCCUCCGCCGGGCUGCGGGCAAGAAGUGCUCGGCAUAUUGGGAUACGGCACAAUAGGAAAGAGGAUAGCACUCUUGGGCAAAGCGCUGGGAUUUGCGGAGAUCCUCAUAGCUGACCGGAAAGGCGCAACUGCGGAAGCAACGAAAGAAGGCAGAACGCCAUUUGAUGAAGUCGUCAAGCGUUCAAGCACUUUGGCAGUUUGUGCGCCUCUUACUAAGGACACUGUCGAUCUUAUUUCCGAAUCAGAACUUCAGUCCAUGCGAAAAGAAGCGCUUGUGAUCAAUUUGGCGAGGGGAGGUAUCGUCAACGAAGCCGCUCUUGCGCGAGCUCUGACGAGCGGACAGGUGGCCGGAGCCGCCACAGAUGUACUCGAGACGGAGCCUGGAGGCCCUGGCUCGACGCCGUUGCUCCCAGAUCUGUCGAAAGGCGAACCUGCGAUACCGAAUUUCGUGAUAUCUCCACACAUAGCCUGGUUCACACAGGUCACGAUCAUCAACUAUCAACAGAUGCUCAAAGAAGGGGUCGAGCGGUGGGUUGCUGGCUCACUCAUUCAGGACGGCAAAGUGAUCCAUGCAGUCUGCAUUCAUGAUGGGAAAAUCUAUCGGUAG